AUGGACGUUGCGGCAAAAGCGAAGAAAUCACAAGCCUUGAUCGAUUCGAUCGAAGAGCUGAUUGCGCUCGAGGCUGAUGUUUCACUGGCGACGCAGUGCUGCCAACAGCAGAGAGAACCUGAGGUCAUGGUGCCUUUAACCGAUGUGGCUUUCAUGCACGGAAGUGUUGCUGGCGAGAGCAUCAUGAUGGGCUUGGGUCAAGACUACUUCGUCGAGAGGACUCCUGAACAAGCACGGGAAGUUCUACAAAGAAGGAUGGCAGAUCUUUCGGAGCAGGCGCGAGUUCUACGGGAGGGCACGCUUCUGGCACCGAAAGAACCAGCGAAAUCGGUACAGGGACAAAGGCGCCGAAAGAAGGGCGAUUCCGACACCAAAAAGACAUGGGCCAAGGGCUUCUUGUCGUCCAAAGGAAGUGGCGGACCCACGAAGGGCCAUCUACCUCCAAAGCGUCAGACGGUUCCCCCUGAAGAACCCAAGGAAGCUGCUGACGGGGGCUCUUUGCGCACCCCAACCGAGAUUAAGUUCGACGACUCGGAAGGCCAAGAGGUUAGGAUCAGCUCGCCGAGUGAAGAUUUCCAGUCCACCACAGGGCCGACUAUUAAUAGGUUGUGCAGCUAUUGUUUGUCGUCUCCAGGUAGCGUUACAUGUAGAGAGCCGGCGGGGAAUGCCUUCCCGCCCUUUGGCUCGAACCGCUGGCGUAGUCGUUGCGGCUUCGUCGAUGGAGAUGGUUUGCUGUCGAUCAACUUCACUGCUGCACGUUUUGGUUUUUAAUGUUCGGCAGCAUGUGGUGGAGGUGGAGGAUGGACAAGAGGCUCCCAUUAUUGAGAUCAGGGAGUGGCUGGAUGAGUCAGGGAAUCAGACCUCUGUUGAUGUCACUGACCUUGGCAAGGUGAGAGGACUACCGUCCGAUUGUGUCCCUCAACUUCAGCCGUGGUCAAGAGUAACUCCCCAAGCAGCUUGCACUCUGCGCGCUGGUUCAACGUUUAGCGGCACAAUAGCCUUACCGUGUCCUGUCCGACGGUUUCACAGCAGUUUCAUAGUGGUACCGGCCUCCGUCUUGUGCGGGAAUCACGCGCACCCAACGUAUUUUUGCUGGCACUCGCAACCCAUCUCGGUCGUUACCCCCCCCAUCCCCCCCCCCGGUGUUUGCCAUCGGGGUUGGGUUUUCGUCGCUUGGCAACGACGUUGUAAAACAAGCCCCCCACUCGGUGUUUGCCAUCGGGAUUGGGUUUUCGUAGAUUGGCAACGACGUUGUAAAACAAGCCCCCCACUCGGUGUUUGCCAUCGGGAUUGGGUUUUCGUAGAUUGGCAACGACGUUGUAAAACAAGCCAAUUCACUUCGUGAACUCGGCAACCAGGUUACCGUUUUUUUUUUUUUUACCUCGUUUUUUUUUUUGGCGGUAACCAUGGUGGUCGAGUAGAUCAUGUUGUGCGGGGUCGAGAAACCUCACUCCGCGCAACGGGGGAUGAUCGCACCACGUUGUGUUAAAAUGGUCAAGCUUCCUCGAGGCAGUUACACAGUGCUUACAACUGUCUCUGGAAGAGAAAGCACCAGAAAAUAAAUUAAGUCUUACGUAGCUGUCAUCCGUACGCAAGGAAGUAAGCACAAGAUGCCGAACACCCUUAGCAGGAUGCAGCUCACCCUUCAUGCGACUCGCCAAAUACCUCACGGCGCUUCGCGCUUGGUGAUGUGAGAGCCUGGUCCGGUGAGAACCCGGCGUGCUCC